AGAACCAGUUGCUGGCAAGAUGUCGUGGAUGCCAUUGAGAAAGCCAAGAAUGUGGACAAGGAAAAGGCGAGCAACUCCCGCGUUCGAGGCUACCUGAGAAAGUCCAAGGUCGAGAUCAGUAUGCUCGAGUCGCUCACCAGCGUAAUUCCGGACCAGAAUGGUUUAAGCAUCCUUCGCUGCGGUCUGGCAACCAUCUUCAGCAUGGUGACGGUGCGUCUGCAACUCCGAGAGACCAUUCUCGACGCGUUGGAGGAUAUUCCCGACACUUUUUUCCAAGCCCUCAACGCAUUGAGUCGUUUUCCAGAUGCCCCAGACAUCCUGCUCGCCGUGAGGGAGCUGUACUCCAGCUUGCUUUUCCAGGUCGAUACGCUCAUACGUGUCUUACUCCGCAGCCAUCCCCAGAAAAAUAGGAUGAAGCGUCUCUGGAGUCAGCUCCCAGCAAAGGAGACCGAGGUCGUCCACCUCGCUCUGCAGGAGGUCGCACGAGCCGCUGCGCGUGUAUCACAAUGCUCGCAGGCAGCGCUGGAGCGAACUGUGGCCAACAUCGACCGCAAAAUGGACCGUUUUGGGGACACUAUCAUGUCAGCCAUAGGUCAAGUCCGCAUACAAGAGCGGGAGAUACAAUCAGACCUCGAGAGCGUCGUACGAACCGCCAUCCAGGAUACCCUCGAUAAAUGGAGGCCUUCACUUUCGGAGAGCCAACCUCCUGUACUCUACAUUCUCGAGGCAUCUCCACAGACUCCAUCGGUUUCUUUCCCUUGGCACAAUAGCUCAAUAAGCCCUGUGUCGACAUCUCCGGGGCCUAUAUUGUCGUCAUACUCUACCCCACAAAAGCCGGUGCCAUUGCCAACAUCACCGUCACCCUCGCCCACAGCGUCACCGAACAGGGCACUGCCAUCAAUGUUUCCAUUAACCCCAACUAAGACAGUACCACCAGCAAGUUCCAGCGAUCUAAUGCUAGCGAGAUUUGGGGUGUCAGGAGGCCUAUCAGAGGAUGUGCUUGACGACGUCACCCAGCAAAGCAGCCGGCUUCGACCUGACGCCAUCAGCCGUGGCAUGUAUCUCCUGUCUACCGAUCGCUUUCUCAGAUGGACUCAAGCACCGCGUUGGUUCUCGGACAUGAUUCUUGUUGAUGGACACUGCACUGAUGCUGUAGUCGACAAAGUCUCACCCAUGACGACUGUUUGUGCUCACGUUGUCACGGCGCUACGUGAGAACCCAUCGGCUAUCGUUCUGUAUCACUUUUGCGGCCAACAUACCUCCUUCCUAGACCCUUUACGCGGAACUUGUGGCUUAGUCCGGAACCUGGUUCAUCAAUUGUGUCAGCACGCAUUACAUCUAAACCUCAGCGGCCACAUGGCCGACACGAUAGAUGAGUAUAAUCUCCCAGCGCUUUGCGAUCUCUUUAGCGAAGUCAUAAAGCAGCUUGAUCCGUCUCAACCAGUCUUCUGCAUCGUUGACGGAGUCUCAGAGUUGGAGACAGUGCUGGAUGGUUGGUGGGAUGAUCUUUGUGACUUUGUAGAGUGUCUGUUGGAGCAUGUCAACACUGCCCCCGAACAUCGAAAGGGUCCAGCACUGAGAGUAAUGCUUACCUCCAUGGAAAGAGCCAUACGGCUGGCAGAUGACGGAGUGGUGCCCAAAGAUCGGACGGUAUCCCUUAUCGCGAGGCGGAGUGACUACGCAGGUUUUGGCACAGAUCUGUGA